AUGAAAGAAGAACGCGACGCUGACGUGAAAGCGUCCAGCUUUCGAUCUCAUUCUCAAUCUCUCUUUGACGAGGAUCCCGAUGACAAACGGAAUUCGUCUUCCCGGAAGCGAAAGCGGUCUUCGUCUUCUUCUCCUCGCCGGAAUGAGUCGUCCAAGUCGAAGAAGAGUAAAAAGGACAGAAGGUCCAAGUCCCCGAAAAAGUCCAAAAAGGAGAAGAAAAAGAGGAAGCUCAAGAAGCUGAAGAAGAAGGAGUUGAAGGAGCUCAAGCGGCUGAUCAAGUUGCGGAACGAGGAAUUCGCGAGAGCCGAGCAAAAUGUAACUGAGAAUGAAGCCAAUCAGAAUGGGAAAAAAGAAGACGAAGAAGAUGAUGAAACUGUGAUCGGACCUCAGUUGCCAGCAGAACCCCCGCGACCCCCGCUUAAACCAAUGACGAAAGAAGAAUGGGAGGCUCAACAAAGCGUUGUUAGGCGUGUUCAUGAUCCCGAAACCGGUCGCGACAGGCUAGUAUUUGACUUGAGGCAGAACGAUGGACUCGAUUUUAUUAAAACGAAAAGAUUGGUUUUGUUCAUUUUCAGAUUAAUAAAAGGCGAUGGAGAAGUGAUAGAAGAUUGCGUAUCCCGUGCGCGACAUCUGGAGAUCAACAAGAAAGCAACUGCUUCAGAUGGCGAAUAUUUCCAGAAAAUCCUGGCCUCGCAGAUCACAUGA